GUAAUUGUUUUGCCUUGUUAUGUGAUAUUUGAACUGUUGCGAUAAUAUGGUUAAGCCGAAGAGUGAUGUUUGGAGGUACUACGAUCUUAAAGAUAAAGACAACUAUUUCUGUAAAUAUUGUAAAACCUCCUUUAAAAGAAAUGCUACCAGACAAUUCCAACAUUUGCUAAAAUGUGUCAAAAUACCUGAAAAUGUAGUACAAAUUCUUAAAAAAGGGAAAUUGCCUAUAAUAAAUGUUUCCAGUAGUAACAAUAACACCACGCCAAGUUCAACCGAGGUAUUAGAAGAUAGUGAUGCUGAUGAUACUGAUACUACCUCUCAGCAGGGGCAGGGAGAAUCUUUAGACUCAGAAAUUGCUUCACUAGUCAGGCCUGUGCCUUCAUCAGCUAGUUCUUCAUUUUCAAGUACUACUAAAGCAUCAAAGGGUACAAUUUCUUCGUAUUUUGAUAACAUGUCCUCUCAAGAAAACAAUAAGAUUGAUGAAAUACUCGCAAGGGCUAUUUAUGUCUCAGGAGCCCCCUUAGAUAUGACAACGAAAAAAGUAUGGUUAGAUGUAUUCAAAGCAAUGAGAUGCGCAUAUAAACCACCCUCUCGUUACCAGUUGUCAAAUCCACUCCUCGAAUCCGAGUACACUAGAGUAAAAGCUGCAGUUUCUUCAAAAAUUAGUGAAGCACCUAUCUUAAGCCUACAAAUGGAUGGAUGGUCAAAUUGCAGAAAUGACUCUAUAUCUAAUUUUGUUAUUAAUACACCUCUUCCGGUAUUUUACAAAUCAAUACACACCGAAAAUAACAGACAUUUAGCAACAUUUUUGGCCUCAGAAAUUGAAAAAGUGUUGAAAGAAUUAGGAGCUUCAAAUUUUCUAGCUAUUGUCACUGACAACGGAGCUAACAUAAAAAAGGCUCGUGAAAUAGUUAGCAGCAAGUACGAUUACAUUACUAAUUAUGGUUGUAUUUGCCACGGUCUAAACCUUCUGGUUGAAGACUUCUUGAAAUUAGACCAUUUUUCCAAUUUUAAAAAGAACAUAAUUUCAAUUGUAUCUGAGCUGAAAAAUUCGCAGAUUUUACAUGCAACGUUUGAAAAAAUCCAGUUGGACAAAACGGGGCGAUACAUCUUUUUAAAAUUGCCGGUGAAAACAAGAUUGUUGUCUAAAAAGCUUUUUGGACACUAAACAUUCAUUAAAAAGUUUAGCAGAUGAUGAUAGCCCAGACAUUUCUGAUGUUCUUUCAUCAAAUACAGUAAGACUUCUUCUUGAAAACGAAUUUUGGUUACAAAUAGAAGCAACUUAUGACUUGUUCCAGCCAAUCACAAAGUGGAUAACGAUUUUUGAAGCUAACGGGCCAACAAUCUCAAAAGUGUUUAUCUGCUUUUUUAAAAUAAGAUCUAUAUUAUGUGACAAAGUAUCAAAUUUAUCUAUUACUAUGUUGGAAUACCAGAAAAUGUGUUCAAUUCUUGAAAAACGACAAAAUAAAUGUUUAAAACCCGUUCAUCUUGCUGCUUACCUAUUAGAACCAAAUCAACGCGGCGACAAUUUAACUGAAGAUGAAAAUUUAAUUGCAACGGAGUUCAUCUAUGAAACUGCAAGGCGUCAUCCAAAGUAUUCUUCACAAGUAGAUCUUAUUAUGGAAGCACUCGCACUGUACAAAAUUAGAGGUAAUAAUUUUGCUAAGGAAUUCGUUAUUUCCAGCGAA